CAAUAGACCCAGACCCAGAGACAGAAACAGAAAUGGACUCUAGUACAACCAGCACAGCAGAGCUUGAGGAUGAUGGUGCUUUAUUCAACAAUGAAAAGCUGGAUACCGAGUUGCUUAUGGAUGAGUUGAUUGAUGAAGGAUCUGGAGAAAGUCUUGAGAGUCCUGGCUCUGAUUCUGGCGCUGGUUCUGGCUCUGGCGCUGGUGCUGGUGCUGAUUUUGAUUCUGAUGUGAUACUUGAAAACGAUCUAUUUGAACCAAUGGAUGACACUGACGUCGGUACAGAGGACAAGUCUAGCUUUGACAGGCUGGCCGAUGGAAUUCCGGGCAAUAAUAAUAAGAACACAAAUUUCUUUCCCCCAGUGGAUCCGGCUGGUUACUAUGAUCACAGUGCUACGGUUGAGUCAGCCAAUGAAGGUGUGUGGUACCCAUCCACAAGUGCUAUGUUGCUUGCGAUGGCAGUUCUUGCUCUCGUUCUCCUUAGAUUAUCCAAAGCAAAGCGAUGGAGCACAACCAAGAAUGAGACCCAAUCACUUCCUCACCAUUAUACCAACAACAAGCCAAGUGUUGAUUAGGACUAUGAUCAAAUUAUCUGGAGAUAUAUAUUUUAUAUAUUAUGUAUUAAUAAGAAAGAAUAGCCUUAUUCUUUGAAUGAUUAAAAAAAAUAAAUGCAAAGACAUGAGACAACACAGAC